AUGGCCGCACUUGCUCUGAAGCCAGAGCUGGUGGACGUCCAGACCUGGGUGGUGAUGCACUUACAGAACCCUGCUAACUUCCACAAUGCCGCCACGGAGCUGCUGGACUGGUGUGGGGACCCGCGAGCCUUCCAGCGGCCCUUCGAGCAGAGCCUGAUGGGCUGUUUGACGGUGGUCAGUCGGGUGGCAGCACAGCAAGGGUUCGACCUGGACCUCGGUUACAGACUGCUGGCAGUGUGCGCUGCGAAUCGAGACAAGUUCACUCCGAAGUCUGCGGCCCUGCUGUCCUCCUGGUGCGAGGAGCUCGGCCGCCUGCUGCUUCUCCGACAUCAGAAGAGCCGCCAGAGCGACGCCCCCGGGAAACUCCCCAUGCAGCCUCCCCUCAACUCCAUGAGCUCCAUGAAACCCACUCUGUCGCACAGUGAUGGGUCGUUCCCCUAUGACUCUGUCCCUUGGCAGCAGAACACCAACCAGCCUCCCGGCUCCCUCUCCGUGGUCACCACGGUUUGGGGAGUGACCAACACAUCCCAGAGCCAGGUCUGUUCCUCUUUCCAGAUGGGUCCCACCCAGGCGUAUAACAGCCAAUUCAUGAACCAGCCCGGGCCGCGGGGGCCUGCCUCCAUGGGGGGCAGCAUGAACCCCGCAAGCAUGGCGGCUGGCAUGACACCCUCGGGGAUGAGCGGCCCUCCCAUGGGGAUGAACCAGCCCCGGCCGCCCGGCAUCAGCCCCUUUGGCACCCAUGGGCAGCGGAUGCCCCAGCAGACCUACCCGGGGCCCCGGCCCCAGUCCCUGCCUAUUCAAAGCAUAAAGAGGCCAUACCCGGGAGAGCCCAACUAUGGAAACCAGCAAUAUGGACCAAACAGCCAGUUCCCCACCCAGCCAGGCCAGUACCCUACCCCCAACCCCCCACGGCCGCUCACCUCUCCCAACUACCCCGGGCAAAGGAUGCCCAGCCAGCCGAGCACGGGGCAGUACCCACCCCCCACGGUCAACAUGGGGCAGUAUUACAAGCCAGAGCAAUUUAAUGGACAAAACAACACCUUCUCGGGAAGCAGCUACAGUAACUACAGCCAGGGGAACGUCAAUAGGCCUCCUAGGCCGGUUCCUGUGGCAAAUUACCCCCACUCACCUGUUCCAGGGAACCCCACGCCCCCCAUGACCCCCGGGAGCAGCAUCCCCCCGUACCUGUCCCCCAGCCAAGACGUUAAACCACCCUUCCCGCCUGACAUCAAGCCAAAUAUGAGCGCUCUGCCACCACCCCCAGCCAACCACAAUGACGAGCUGCGGCUCACGUUCCCCGUGCGGGACGGCGUGGUGCUGGAGCCCUUCCGCCUGGAGCACAACCUGGCUGUCAGCAACCACGUCUUUCACCUGCGGCCCACAGUCCACCAGACCCUGAUGUGGAGGUCCGACCUGGAGCUGCAGUUCAAGUGCUACCACCACGAGGACCGGCAGAUGAACACCAACUGGCCGGCCUCGGUGCAGGUCAGCGUGAACGCCACGCCCCUCACCAUCGAGCGCGGGGACAACAAGACCUCCCACAAGCCCCUGCACCUCAAGCACGUGUGCCAGCCGGGCCGCAACACCAUCCAGAUCACCGUCACGGCCUGCUGCUGCUCCCACCUCUUCGUGCUGCAGCUGGUCCACCGGCCCUCCGUGCGCUCCGUGCUGCAAGGCCUCCUCAAGAAACGCCUCCUGCCCGCGGAGCACUGUAUCACGAAAAUCAAGCGGAAUUUCAGCAGCGUGGCUGCCUCGUCAGGCAACACGACCCUCAACGGAGAGGAUGGCGUGGAGCAGACAGCCAUCAAGGUGUCUCUGAAGUGCCCCAUCACAUUCCGGCGCAUCCAGCUGCCUGCUCGAGGUCACGACUGCAAGCACGUCCAGUGCUUUGACCUGGAGUCGUACCUGCAGCUGAAUUGUGAGAGAGGGACCUGGCGGUGUCCUGUGUGCAAUAAAACGGCUCUGCUUGAGGGCCUGGAGGUGGAUCAGUACAUGUGGGGCAUCCUGAACGCCAUCCAACACUCCGAGUUUGAAGAGGUCACCAUCGACCCCACGUGCAGCUGGCGGCCAGUCCCCAUCAAGUCAGACCUGCACAUUAAAGAUGACCCAGAUGGCAUCCCCUCCAAGCGGUUCAAGACCAUGAGUCCCAGCCAGAUGAUCAUGCCCAACGUCAUGGAAAUGAUCGCAGCCCUGGGCCCUGGCCCAUCCCCCUACCCACUCCCGCCUCCACCGGGGGGCGCCAACUCCAACGAUUACAGCAACCAAGGCAACAACUACCAGGGCCAUGGAAACUUUGACUUCCCCCACGGAAACCCUGGCGGGACGUCCAUGAACGACUUCAUGCACGGGCCGCCCCAGCUCUCCCACCCCCCGGACAUGCCCAACAACAUGGCCGCCCUCGAGAAACCCCUCAGUCACCCCAUGCAGGAAACUAUGCCACACGCUGGCAGUUCUGACCAGCCCCAUCCCUCCAUACAACAAGGUUUGCACGUCCCACACCCCAGCAGCCAGUCAGGGCCUCCAUUACAUCACAGUGGGGCUCCUCCUCCUCCUUCCCAGCCUCCCCGGCAACCGCCACAGGCCGCUCCCAGCAACCAUCCACACAGCGACCUGACCUUUAACCCCUCCUCAGCCUUAGAGGGUCAGGCCGGAGCACAGGGAGCAUCCGACAUGCCGGAGCCUUCGCUGGAUCUCCUUCCAGAACUCACAAAUCCCGAUGAGCUCCUCUCGUACCUGGAUCCCCCCGACCUGCCGAGCAAUAGUAACGAUGACCUCCUGUCUCUCUUUGAGAACAACUGA